CGUACGCAAAGGGCUCUCUGCAGGCCGGCGAGACACUUGGCUUCACUCCCCGACACAUAUCAAGUCCAGAAUGCCGCUGCCAGUCCAUCUCAUGCUGCUUCUGCUGUCUUCAAACCUGAUCCCGGCUUCAGAAGCUCACGCCAAGACCUUCACGCGAUGCCAGCUGUCCAGAGAACUGCUCCGAUACAACUUCCCCAGAAGUCUUAUACCAAACUGGGUUUGCCUGAUAGAACACGCGAGCGGCAGAACUACAGAGAAAGUGACCAAUCAUAACAACUCCUACACCAGCUUUGGAUUAUUCCAGAUCAACAAUAAAGAAUGGUGCAAGAAAGGUCGGAAGGGCGGCCAUUGCAGCAUGAAGUGCGAAGACCUUCUAAACGAAGAUUUGGCUGAUGACGUAAGGUGUGCGAAGCGCAUCUACGACCGCGUGGGAUUCAAGGCCUGGCCCACAUCCUACGCGUAUUGCAAGGAAAAGAGCCUGCCCGACAUCUCCCGCUGCUAAACACGCCGGCAAAAUAAUAACAACUGCCAAUCGAUGUAUACCUUAAGCUUUAAUUCGAUGUGUUCAGUGUGAUGUAGCGGAUUAAUGCUAAUAAAAAAUCUCUAUUCAGUGAACAAUAAGGAUUAUUCUACAAACAGCUAAAAAUACAUAUUUUUAUAAUAUCAAAAUGUAAAGUCUUUAACAGCUAGCUAAGAGGAGUUCUUAAAAACCUUUUUUUCGCGGGAGAAAAACGCCUUAUCGCUACCACAUCUUGGGGGGUGAGUGGAACAGUUAUGUUGGUUUCACCAGUCUUAAGGCCCAAUGUCGACACUCGGGAGUAUAACAUCAUCCGAGCGAGCAUUGGUCUUAGUCGCUACUCCCGUAUAUACCCUACACCAGCAUACCACCGAAAACCCGCCGUGGCCUCCUUCGGCGCAUACGGGACGGCCCCGGGGUAUCUUGUUGCACUGAGAUAGCUGCAAGAAACCAUUCCUUUUUUCUAUUACAUCAUUCCUAUCAAUUGAUUUAUUUUUUUUAGCUUUCGCGGAUUUUAAUGCCUUACUACGCAUUAUUAUUUGCGAAUGAUAUAAAAUAUUCGCUACAUCACUGUUUAUUAUAAUAAGAAUAUAGUUGUUAUAAGUAUUUUUAAAU